AUGUCAAUGUAAAGUCCUAAGGAUAUAAUCAAGCUUUAAUUUGAUUAUCAAAAUUUGAUGAGUAGAUAUUAAGGGUUAGAAUAAAUAAGUAAAAAGUAAGCAAAUGAAAUACUCUAAUUAAAAAAGCAAAAUGAAAAUAUUAAAAGUAAUAUAGAAAAUUAAGAAUGUGGAAAAUGUAAAAAAUUGCAGUUUCAAAUUGACUAAUAAAAAUUAGAAAUCAAAGAAUCGAAAAAAGAGAUUCUUUAAUUAUAAAAUACUUUGAAUAUCAAAAAAAUUUUAUUUGAUGAAUUCCGAGAAUCAGUUUAGAACGAGAUGGAGAAUAGGAUUAAGUAAUUUGAAAAUUUAAAUUAAGUAACUCUUGAGCGCUUAGAUAGAGUUCAGAAAGAUAAUUCACUUUUUGAAAUUUUAUUAAGAGAAAGAGAUUUAAGAAUUGAAUAAUUAAACUAGGUUAUAUAUAAUUAAGAAUAAUAAUCAUAAUAGGAGAGUUCAGAAGAUGAUACUUGGAAAAAGAAAUUUAUAAAAAUAAAUAAAGAUUAUCAUAAACUGCUAUCUCAAUACAAUUCUAUAAAAGCAGAUUUGGAUGCUAUGUAGGUGAGUUAAAGUAAAUGA